CAUCUUCCUUCUGCUGAGAUGAUGUCGGGGCUGCGGACUCCCCUCCUGGGGCUGGCAGGGCUGCUGCUGUGGCUGUGUGUCCCGCCCUGGGCUGAGGGAGGAAAGCUGCUGGUGGUGCCUGUGGAAGGCAGCCACUGGCUCAGCAUGCUGAAUGUGCUGCAAGAGCUCCACGCCCGAGGCCACCAGACUGUGGUACUCACACCAGACGUGAGCAUAUAUGUCAAAGGAGAGGAGUAUUUCACCUUGACGCCCUAUGCCACUUCUUACACCCAGGAGGAAUUUCAAGACCUCUUUCGGCGACACAAUGAAAUGAUCUUUCAAAGACUGCAUUUUUUGAAGAUUAUUCUGGAAAAUAAAGAGAACCUGAAAAAUGCAGCUAGGUUCUAUCACCAGUUGUGCUCAGAACUUCUGCACAACAAAAGUCUGAUCAGGCACCUCAAUGACAGCUCCUUUGAUGUGGUUUUAACAGACCCCAUGAUUCCCUGUGGAGCACUGCUGGCUAAGUACCUGUCAGUUCCUACUGUGUUCUUCUUGAACGCCAUUCCGUGUGAGCUGGACUUCGAGGCCACACAAUGUCCCCACCCCUCCUCAUAUAUUCCCAGGUUAGCAACAAAGAAUUCAGACCACAUGACCUUCCUGCAAAGGGUCAAGAACAUGCUCUACCCUCUGGGCAUGAAGUACUUUUGCCAUAUUUCUUAUGAUCCAUAUGAGAGCCUUGCAUCUGAGCUUUUUCAGAGAGAGGUGUCCUUGGUGGACAUCCUCAGCCAUGCUUCUGUGUGGCUGUUCCGAGAAGACUUUGUGCUGGACUACCCCAGGCCCAUCAUGCCCAACAUGGUCUUCAUUGGGGGCAUCAACUGUGCCAACAGGAAGCCACUCUCUCAGGUAGUAUGGCUGCCUAUAUUUCACCAAUGUCUUGAGUACAAAUUAAUUUAA